AUGACCAGAGAAGCACGACUGAUAGCCGCUUGCCUGCUGCUGGUGGCGGCUAUCAGCUCGGGGGUUUCAGCGGACGGCUUGGUGAACGAGGAUGUGAAGAGGACAGUGGACCUGAGCACUCAUCUGGCCAAGAUCACAGCGGAGAUCGCAUUGUCCAACCAGGGACACUCCGCCGUGCACAGCUUUGUGUUGGCGGUGGAGCCUGAGCUGGCUCCGCACCUGGCCUACAUCGGCGCUUCGGUGAAGUCGGAUGAGGAAGAUGAUGGCACACUUGAACUGGAGCAGACAACAAUACAGGGCCAAAGUGGGGAGUUUUACAAAGUGAAGCUGCCUUCCAGUUUGGCCGCGGGCGCUCAGCUGAAAGCGAAGGUUGAGAUGACGUUCAGCCACGUGCUGAGGCCCUUCCCCACACACAUCACCCAGGCCGAGCGCCAGCUGGUGAUCUUCCAGGGCAACCACUACCUGUACUCGCCGUAUCCCACACGCAGCCAGACCACACGCGUGCGGCUGGCCUCCAAGACCGUGGAGAGCUACACCAAGCUGGGCAACCCCAGCAAGGCCGACGAGAUAAUCGAGUACGGCCCGUUUCGUGACGUUGCGCCGUUCAGUGAGGACACCAUGAAGAUCCAUUACGAGAACAACACACCCUUCCUCACCAUCAGCAGCAUCACUCGCACCAUCGAGGUGUCUCACUGGGGAAACAUUGCCGUGGAAGAAACCAUCGACCUGAGGCACACUGGAGCCAUCCUGAAGGGCCCCUUUUCACGCUAUGACUACCAGCGCCAGUCAGACAGCGGCAUCUCAUCAGUCAAGUCCUUCAAGACUAUCCUUCCUGCCUCGGCCCAAGACGUUUACUACAGAGAUGAGAUCGGCAACAUCUCCACCUCCCACCUGCAGGUCCUGGAUGAUUCGGUAGAGGUGGAGGUCAGGCCACGCUUCCCCUUGUUUGGGGGCUGGAAGACGCACUACAUCAUCGGCUACAACCUGCCAAGCUACGAGUAUCUUCAUACGCUGGGCGACCAAUAUGCACUGAAGAUGAGGCUCGUCGACCACGUGUAUGAUGACCAGGUCAUCGACCUGCUGACUGUAAAGAUCAUCCUGCCAGAGGGAGCCAGAAACAUCCACAUGGACAUGCCGUACAAAAUCGAUCGCCUGCCAAACCAGCUGCACUACACAUACCUGGAUACUUUCGGCCGACCAGUGCUGGUUGCCACCAAGAACAACCUGGUGGAGCAUCACAUCCAGGACGUUGUGGUUCAUUACAACUUCAAUAAGAUCCUGAUGCUGCAGGAGCCGCUCUUGGUUGUGGGAGCCUUCUACAUUCUCUUCUUCACCGUUAUCAUCUACGUACGUCUGGACUUUGCCAUCACAAAGGACCCGGCGGCCGAGGUGCGGAUGAAGGUGGCCUCCAUCACGGAGCAGGUCCUCACCCUGGUCAACAAGCGCCUGGGCCUGUACCGCCACAUGGACGAGGUGGUCAACCGCUACAAGCAGUCCCGCGACACGGGGGCGCUCAACAGCGGCCGGAAGACCCUGGAGGCGGACCACCGCGCGCUCACCAACGAGAUCAGCUCGCUGCAGGCCCGCCUGAAGGCGGAGGGCUCCGACCUGGCCGACAAGGUGGGCGAGGUGCAGAAGCUGGACGGCCAGGUGAAGGAGCUGGUGUGCCGCUCCUGCCAGGAGGCCGAGCGGCUGGUGGCGGGGAAGGUGAAGAAGGAGGCGUACAUCGAGAGCGAGAAGACUCUGACCGGCAAGAGGCAGGAGCUGGUGGGCCGCAUCGACAGCCUGCUGGACGCCCUCUAAACGCACACACACACACACACACGUCUCAACACAAACCCAAUAUUUGGAUGAGAAUCAAAAUAAAUGUGACACACUUUUUGUUUUUUUUUUUAAUCAUUUUUGGAACCAGACAUGGACUAUCAACUCAUUUUACAGUCGUGAUGGUUUUUUUUCCAAAGACUGGUGUCUUUGUGCCUUGUGAUAAAGUCGUGGUCACGGCGCGCUCGGCUCCACAGCAGCUACAUCACUACCUGCGUUCGUCUGUCCUUCAGCUCGGCCACACUGUGCUCUGACUCGGCGCUUCAUGUUCAGAUUCGGACUGUUUUCCAUUUCCUUCUUAAUGAAAUGUACGUGUGGUUGAGGGACAGUGUUUUUCUUUCUUCUUUUUUUUUUUUUUUUAAAGUAACCCAAGGGCCCAAAUGUUUUGGUUGCAUGUCUUCGCUCACAUAUACUGUAUUGUACGAUGAGGAUCUCUUUUGCACUUAGAACUUUUCAUUUUCUAAUUGCCCCCCGACUGACAUUUCUAUUUGAACUGAUCUGAAGCUCUGAUAAUGUGUCAUCCUAAAUGCUUGUUUUGAUGCUCCUCGGUCUUGUUUUCUACAUUUUGUAAGGUUUUUUUUUUUGUUUCCUGGUUAAAUGGUGUUCGAUUGUGAGAUUAAAGACUAAAAGAGAUUAGAGUGUAAGUGGGAAAAGACAUUCACGUUGGGAAAUACUGAAAAGAAAAAACAAUAUGGGCAGUGAAAUGGAGAGCAGUCAUGUUUGAAAUAAAAAUUUAAAAAAGU